UGAGGUCAGUGACCGACAGUCAAAACUACGAACUCAAUUUCAUUUUUACAGUUGUAAAGUUCAAUAAAAUUUAUAUUUACUGACAAAUAUUUUCAGUAAAAGGAGAAUAGUUUAGAAGGACACCAAUCAAUAAAAACUGAUGCUCUAAAGCCUGAUCCAGUGUUUUCUGCGAGGCCUGAUUCAGUAUUUUCUUCCAGGUCUUUGUGUAUUUUCAUCCAGCCCUUUGCCCGGGCUCGCCAGCUUUUCAAUCACUAACAAUAUGACAACAAUAAAUAAAUUAGAUUAUCCGUAUGAAGUCAAAGUUGAAUUUGUCGACACAGAUGACUUAAACACAAUUACACCUAAAAAUGAAGGUGAAAUAACAAUAGACGCAGAAUUAUUGCAUAAAGAGAACUUUGUGGUGAUAACUAAUUAUGAAGAUUUGAUAGUUGAAGCACCGAGACUGUGUUCUAUCUGUGAUGGAAUAUUUCCCAAUAGCUAUUCAUUUCUACAACACAACUUACAUCAUUUGAAAUUGAAACUUGAUAAAUGUGACGAAUACUCUUGCAAAACAUGUUCCGGUAAAUUCUCAACACAUCACGAUUUAGAAAAUCACAAAAGAAACUGUAUUUUGUAUGAUAAUAAUAAGUCAAUAUGUCCUAUAUGUAAGGAACAUAUAGAAAGUACCAAAUUGAGAUCGCACUUAAGAACACACCCAAAUAAAGAAGCGAAAUGUGACAUUUGUGGUGUAAUAAUCAAAUCGUUGAGUAAUUUUAGGCAUCAUAUGCAGAAUAUACACAAUAGGCAGUUUAAAAACUGUGAAUAUUGUGGCAAAAGUAUUAGACUAUUUUAUUACAGCGUUCAUAUAAAAAAAGUUCACAGUCACGAAAAAGUGAAGUGCGAUCUGUGUUGCAAAUAUUUUAAUUCCGUUGAAAAUAUGGAAAGGCACAAGUUGUAUAUUCAUGAAAAAUUGAAAACCAAGCAAACCCAGGAUUUAAAAUAUAAAUGUUUAAUGUGUUCUCAUGCUUUUAAAUUGGAAAGGAAUCUCAUAGCACAUGUAGAAAAAUGUAAACCUCUCAAAUGUGGUUUAUGUGAUUCAAUAUUUAAAAAUAAGCCGAAUCUUAGGAAUCAUUUGACUUGGGUACAUUAUAGUGGGAAUGGGCAUAGCUGUGAAAUAUGCGGUAAAACUUUUAAAUCGCCGUACAGUGUGCGUAAACAUAUGAAAACUUCACAUUCUGCAGAUAAGCAAGAAAGAUGAUAUAAUUUUUAUGUUUGUGGAAGAGAUUGUAGUUACUGAUUAUUAUUCUAUAUUUCUUUAAGAUAGUAUUUGAUUUUACGCGAGUAUUAAAGAUUAACGGCCUUACUAAUAAAAAGUUAAACAAUGGAUAAAUUUCUACU